AUGAGGAGGAUCGGGCACAUCUCACUGUUGGUUCUUCUCCUCGUCGCCGCUGGUCGCUGUCAGGAUGACCUGGCGGACUACCCGAUUAAGGAGGAGCAAUGCGAAAACUUCGGAGAGUGUCUCACGGAAUGUGUCAAGAAGCUUCCUCCCAACAGACAGUUCACGGAGAUUUUGGACUGCUCUGAUGCCUGUGCCGUAACGCACUGCAAGGAAGUGGUAGUUGAUGAUCCUACUCUGGGCCUCGGAUCUACCUCGAAGCCCCCAUCGUUCGGAGGAAAGAAAGCCCCUCCGUCCUUCGGGUCAAACGCUCCCCCCAAUCAGCAGUGGGGGGGUCAGGCUGGUGCCGCGUCAGUCCAGCCAGCUUUGGAUGAAAACUUGCUUCCCGGGGGUGGACCCAACGAGAUGCAGAAGACUUCUGUUGGAACAAUGAUGUUCAAUCCCAAGGAUAUGCCUGUUGGUAGGAGUAUCGACAAGUAUGGGGAGUACGGAAGGGACGAGCUGGAACUUCUCAAGCAAGUCAUUCGUAAGGGAGAUGUGAUCGUUGAUGCUGGAAGUAUGUAUGGACAUACUGCUCUGGGCCUCAGAUCGGUCGUGGGUGACGAAGGAGCGAUUUACGCUUUUGAGCCUCAGCGCAUUCUGCACCAGAUUUUGUGCUCUAACUUUGCCAUCAACGGAGCUUUCAACUGUCACUGCAGGCAAACAAAACAAGAAGCGCUCGGACAGAAGGGAGGAGAGAUUGUUGUGCCUGCCCUCGACAUCGAGCAAGAGGGCUGCCAUGGGUGCACUGCACUUGAUGCCGCGAAUUAUCUGGGCGAAACUGUGAAAAUGACGACUGUUGAUGACUUAAAUUUGCCCAAGUUGAGGCUCCUCAAGGCUGAUGUGGAGGGCAUGGAAAUCGACAUCGUGAAGGGAGCUGUGAAAACAAUCCAGUACGCGAUGUUCAAACCCGCCUUGUAUGUUCGUGCUCAUUACAACCCUGAGGACAACACUCUGUCGCUCAAGACCCAGGAGCUCGCCAGAUUCAUCAAGGGACUCAACUAUGACAUGUAUUGGCACUUCGUCCGGCUCUACUACGAGGACAACUUCUACUCCAACGCCGAAAACGAAUUCGGGGAAGACACGGUCCUUUACAUCCUCGCUGUUCCUCAUGUGGAAGGAUCGAGCAUUGAAGGCCUUGAUCCCGUCGAAGUUCCUCCUCUCUAA